GGGAGGGGGGAGCAACAACCGAGGACAACGGAACAUCCGAGGUUGCCGCCGCGGCUUCUUCUUCUGCGCAGGCCCAUUCUUUCGUUCGUUCCUUCCCUCCAUUUCUUUCGAGUCACACUUACACAGUCAUUCAUACAUCUCUUUCGAUUCACGGUGUGUGUGUGCGAGCCCCCUCUUCUGUGGGUAUUCGAAACGGACGUUUCUCCAGCCCCCUUUUGCUUGUACUACUUCCACGGAACAGCCAACUCAGGCGAGCAUCGAGAAAGACAGCGAGAGAGACUGGGUGUGGCGAGGGAGGGAUUGGAGGAGGAGGAGGAGGAGGAAGAAUGAUCGGAGGGACGGGGGGGGGAGGAGGAGUGGCACCACCACCUCCGCUGCCGCCACUCCAACAUCAACAACAGCAGCAGCAGCAGCAUGUACAAGCACCGCUUGGUUCGCAAUCGGCACAUGUAGCACUAGGGCGGGAGCUCUCGUCGCCGCCCUCGGAUGGAAUCUCUAAUCUCCGCUUCUCGAAUUUCAGUGACCACCUUCUUGUGUCCUCCUGGGAUGCCAAGGUGCGCCUCUACGACGCCUCUGCUAAUGUCCUCAAGGGUCAAUUCGCCCACCGCGCUGCUGUUCUCGAUUGCUGCUUCCAUGACGACUCCUCUGGCUUCAGCGCUUCCGCUGACCAUACCGUCUAUCGAUAUGAUUUCAAUACAGGCAGCGAGGAUCUUUUGGGAACGCACGACGCUCCUGUGAGGUGCGUGGAGUAUUCGCACGCUACUGGACAUGUGGUAACUGGAAGCUGGGACAAGACGGUGCGUUGUUGGGAUCCAAGAGGAGGUAAAGGGGUUGGUACUUAUUCACAACCUGAACGGGUGUAUAGUAUGUCCCUGGUCGGGCACCGACUUGUGGUGGCCACUGCAGGCCGACACAUUACAGUGUAUGACUUGCGCCAUAUGCAACAAGCUGAACAGAUCCGCGAAUCGUCCUUAAAGUAUCAAACUCGUUGCGUGCGUUGUUAUCCGAAUGGCACAGGUUAUGCUCUCAGUUCCGUAGAAGGCCGGGUUGCUAUGGAGUUCUUUGAUAUGUCUGAUGCGGGUCAAGCAAAGAAGUAUGCUUUCAAAUGCCAUCGGAAGUCAGAGGCUGGUCGAGAUACAGUCUACCCAGUGAAUGCCAUCGCUUUUCAUCCAAUCUAUGGCACGUUCGCAACAGGCGGUUGCGAUGGGUUUGUCAAUGUUUGGGACGGUAAUAACAAGAAGCGCCUAUAUCAGUACUCAAGAUAUCCGACUAGUGUUGCUGCACUAUCUUUUAGCAGAGAUGGGCGCCUCCUAGCUGUUGCAUCCAGUUACACAUACGAGGAGGGUGAUAAACCGCACGAACCUGAUGCUAUUUUUGUGCGGAGUGUAAAUGAGGCAGAAGUUAAGCCUAAACCUAAGGCCUAUGCACCUGCUCCUUGAUCAGAAGUAGAGUAGCAGUAUCUUGAACUGUUCACUAGAAGAAGCUCUCUAGCUUGAUGCUCCUCCAUGACCAGCAGAAUUAAGGUGACGAGUUAUUCAUAAUCACCUUUGGUACUGUAGUGUGGCUAAGUCAUGUUGCUCCUCCCAUUAUCAGAUAGAGGUCAUUAUUAUUGCCUUUCUAGUGUUUCUGAUGUGGUGCUGCAUCAGCACUUGGGCUUCAUGGUUUGAUAGAUGAACUUAAUUCGGAGCGGCACUGUGCCAGUGUGCCAAUCCAAGUGUAGGCAUGUAUGGGCAGAAAUUUGAAACUUAUAUGAGAUGGUCUGCCUCCAUAGUAAUGAAGGCUGGAUGCACGCUUUUGAUUUGGAACUAAGAAUUUGGAUUUGAAACCA